AUGGCAUCUCAAGAAUACUACGGACCUCCUGGUGGCCAGCCCCAGUACCCUCCUCAGGCCGCCUAUGGCCAAUACCCUCCUCAGCAGGGCGGAUAUCCUCAGCAGGGUGGAUACCCUCCACAGCAAAUGCAAUACCAGCAGCCCCCUCCUGAGCAGAAGGGUAACAGUGGCGGUAACGGCGACUCGCUGGUAUCUGUUGUUGUUGUGCUUGCGACGCUUGUUGCGACUGUUUAG